AUGGCCUUCAGGAGAUCUCCCUCGUCUGGACUCUUGGAGUCUCGGACGAAUUGUUCAAGCUUCACCCGAGUCGCCACAGCACUGAGCGAGUCCUCUUCCAUUCACAGCGAUGGUCUGUUGCAUUUGGUCCGGGACUUCUCUGGACUGGGACUGGAGCCCAUGCCCUUCAGCGUUCUGGAGCCAACCUCACACACGGAGGAGCCAUGGAUGGAGGAAGCGCAGAGUCUUCUAGAUCCUAACAACAUGCAGGUCUCUCCCAGUGAAGAUAAGAUACCGGUGGUGGGUUCGCCCGAGAGCCUUGGCAACAGCAAGGAGGGUCUUUUCUUCUCGGAUGGCCAGCGUAAAGUGGACUAUGUUUUAGUUUUCCACCACAGGAGACACGGCUCCAUACGUGCAUCCACCUCUGCCACACACGAGCAGCUCUCCGUGGUCUCCAACGGGAACUUCCCCUCAUCCGUGGGCACAGACGGGGCGGAGAGGAGUGGCAGACGGGUGCCUGGGGGUCCUCCUGUCAGUGUGGGGGAGGUGCUGAUGGAGCUGGGGGCUGGAGGAGAGAGCCGUGAAAGUAUGGACCCCUUGGACCACGAAAUGAGGCAGAUCAGGCUGGAGUUUGAAGCGACGCUGAUGGAGGCGGGACUUGAGAUCGAGAGGGACAAAGAGGCCAAACCUCAUGGACCCAGCUUCACUCGGCUCCAUGCUCCAUGGCCAGUGCUGUGCAGGGAAGCGGAGUUCCUCAAAAUUAAAGUUCCAACAAAAACAAGCUAUGAACUGAAAGUUGAAAGUGGCUUCAGCACCAGUAUGAGCACCUUGUGGAGGAAACUUAACUAUCCAUUUCAACCCAAACUCCCACAACCGGACCAAGGCCGGACCAAGCUCCUGUCCCACUGCUUCUCCAGAGACAAACUGCACCUAUACAACAUCACAUCCAGAGACACGUUUUUUGACAAUUCCACAAGAGGCCGAAUAGUGUACGAGAUCCUUAGAAGAACGGUGUGUGUGCGAACCUGCCAGACUAUAGGCAUCAGUUCUCUGAUUGCUAAAGGCGUGUAUGAAGCUGCCUUCCCGCUUCAUGACGGCGAUUUCCGGAUUGUGGGUGAUCAUGAAGAGAGGAACGACAGACAGGUCCUGCAUGAAGAGUGGGCCCGCUACUCUGCCUUCUACAAGUACCAACCUAUCGAUCUGGUCAGGAAGUAUUUCGGGGAGAAGAUUGGCCUGUACUUUGCGUGGCUUGGCGUCUACACUCAGCUGUUGAUACCAGCCUCCAUUGUGGGAAUCAUCGUGUUUGGAUACGGAGUGGCCACACUGGACACAAACAUCCCCAGUUUGGAGAUGUGUGACGAGCGUCUGAACUUUACCAUGUGUCCUCUGUGUGACGGAGCGUGCGACUACUGGAGACUGAGCACCGCAUGUGGGACCGCCAGAGCCUCCCACCUGUUCGAUAAUCCGGCCACAGUCUUCUUUGCCAUCUUCAUGUCGCUGUGGGCCGUGCUGUUCCUUGAGCACUGGAAGAGACGACAGAUUAGUUUGAGCUUCAGCUGGGAUCUAACAGGGAUGGAAGAUGACGAGGAACAACCGCGGCCAAAAUAUGAAAACAUCGUGUUGCAGAAACAGCAGCGGAAACAAAGGAAAAAGAAGAAAAAGAACGAGCCAGAGAAGCAGGAGGAUGGGACAGUAACAGGGAAGGACAGGUGGAGACAGAAACUGCUGUCUGCCAUGUCUGCAGACAAAUCGUGUGUUGUGGAGAAACUGACCUGGAAAGAUCGUCUCCCUGGAUACUGCAUCAAUGUUUCAUCCAUCCUCUUUAUGUUUGGCCUGACGUUUUCUGCAGUUUUUGGCGUGAUCAUCUACAGAAUCACCGUGUCGGCUCUGAUGGCCAUGAGCUCAGACGCAGAGGUCAAGUCCAACAUGCGGGUCACCGUCACUGCCACGGCGGUCAUGAUAAACCUGGUGGUCAUCCUGGUCCUGGACGAGAUCUAUGGAGCAGUCGCAGUGUGGCUGACUGAUCUGGAAAUCCCCAAAACGGAGACAAACUACGAGGAGCGUCUCAUUCUCAAAGCCUUUCUUCUGAAGUUCAUGAACGCCUACGCUCCCAUCUUCUAUGUCGCGUUCUUCAAGGGCCGGUUUUCUGGUCGACCUGGAAGUUACGUCUAUGUUUUUAAUGAUUAUAGAAUGGAAGAGUGCGCCCCCGGUGGUUGCUUGAUUGAGUUGUGCCUCCAGCUCAGCAUAAUCAUGUUGGGGAAACAACUCAUUCAGAACAACAUUUUUGAGAUCGGCAUCCCGAAGCUGAAGAAGCUGGCACGGACACUGAAGAACAAAGGUAACAAGGUGGAGGAGAAGCUGGAGGAGAGGGCACCUCGACAGUGGACCCUGGAUUACGCCCUGGCCCCUUUCGAAGGGCUGACCCCUGAAUACAUGGAGAUGAUUAUCCAGUUUGGGUUUGUCUCCCUGUUCGUGGCCUCCUUCCCUCUGGCUCCUCUCUUCGCGCUGCUCAAUAACGUGAUUGAGAUUCGUCUCGAUGCAAAGAAGUUUGUGACUGAACUGCGGCGACCAGUGGCGGCGCGGGCCAAGGACAUUGGUGUUUGGUACAACAUCCUGAGUGGAAUGGGAAAGUUCUCUGUUAUCAUCAAUGCCUUUGUAAUAUCGUUCACAUCAGACUUCAUCCCGCGCCUGGUCUAUCAGUACAUCUACAGCCCCACUGGGACCAUGCACGGCUUCAUCGACCACACGCUGUCCUUCUUCAACGUGUCCAACUUCAAACCUGGGAGCUUUCCAGACAGCACCGAGCACGGGGACGUCUCUGUGUGCAGGUAUAAAGACUACAGAGAGCCUCCUUGGUCUCCGGAUGCAUAUCAGUUCUCCAAACAGUACUGGUGUGUGCUGGCCGCUAGACUGGCCUUCGUCAUCCUCUUUCAGAACCUGGUGAUGUUCCUGAGCCUGGUUGUUGCCUGGGUGAUCCCCGACGUCCCGAAGACCAUCGUGGAGCAACUGAAGCGCGAGAAGAAACUGCUGGUGGAUUUAUUUCUGCAGGAGGAGAAGGAGAAGUUCCAGCUGAUCCAGAGCUUAUUCACCAAGGACGGGGCCAACCUCCAGUCGUGCAGUGCCACUCUCCAGUCUGUACAGGGGCCAGCUCUCUUGGGCCGCUACAGCACCCUGCCCCCCAUCAACAGUCAGUCAGAGAGCUACCCCCGAGCACGGUGCAGGGCGGCCAGCUUCAGCCAGUUUAGCAGGAAGACGUCCAUUAAAGAGAAUGACAACUCUGUGCACACCGCGGUCUGA